UCGCUUCACACCGCAUUCGUAAACAAAGACAAUGAAAGCUCCCCGAAGUUUUUCGAGCCAGAUAGUUUUUCGCCGUCGAGUCGAGCGCACGAACCAAAAGACGCUAAACAAAAGUAAAAACUAAUAGUGCUUAAAGUGUAUUGUGUAAAACACGCCGCGUCUCUGCGCUGUCUCGCUCUGGCACACUCGCAAAUACCGACACAGGCACACACACACGCGGCAAUAUACAUACCUGUCUGAGAGCAAACGAAAACGGUGCAAAGAAAAUCGGGAAAAUAGGCUCUGAAAAUUCACUCGAAUUUCGAAACGCAGAUUAAACAACUCUCGGUCUUUGCUCGGGAAAUAAUGUGUUAAACUUUGUGAAAAUAAAAGGGCCUGAAAAAUUAAGCUGCAGCUUAAAACGCUGAAGAGGAAACAUCUGGGCGCGAAAAAAUCGAUUCAGGGCGAUGUAAUAUUGCCAAAUUUACGGUACCUCGUUGCAAUCAACAAUUUUGACAGCAACAAAAACUAGGCGGACAGGGAGAAGCGCCAGAUUAGGAUAGAGUGCGACGGAGAUAGGUAGCUAGCGGCGAAUUACGCGUGAUAGUAAAAAUAUAAAUAAAAGCGAGAAGCGCAACAACCCGCGCUUAGUCAUCCGUGUGAGAUAAAGAGAUAAAACUGCAAGCCUGGUGCCUGGUAUCUGGCAGAUACAAAAUAAAUCUGGAAAACCCCCCAGCAGAGCAAAAGGAACUCGUCAAAUCGUAAACGUAAUUACAACAUUUGCAGCAGCAGCAGCGACGGUGGCGGUGGAAGCAACAAUAACAACAACAACAACAAUAAUACGGCAACGCCUACGACACGCCAGUGAUUACAAUAACAAAAAGAUUUGAGCUUUUGUUGUAGCUUGUUGCCUUUGAAUUUGGUUGCUCACCUCCAUCGGCAUCUGAAAUUGGGCAUUCACAUAAGCGGCUUAAAUACGCGGUUAACCAAACGGCGGCCGUAUAGAGCUGGAAUCUGCAAGUGGCACACCUGUUUGGCCACGGGUCAUAGUGGAGAGUGAAGAGUGGAGAGUUGGCUAGUUGGGUAGUGGAGAGCUGAAAGCCAAUUGGAGCACGAGCACCAUCAUUGCAAUCACAUCUCGCCAUGUCUCGUCUCACCGAGGAAAUGGUUAUUGCGCGGGCCAAGCAGUCCGAUCUUGGCCUGAUCAAAAAGCUUAAUUGCUGGGGAAGUGAUCUCAGCGAUGUGUCCAUCAUCAAGCGAAUGCGUGGAGUGGAAGUUCUAGCUCUGAGCGUGAACAAGAUCAGUACGCUUUCCUUCGAAGAGUGCCAGAAGCUGCAGGAGUUAUAUCUGCGCAAGAACAACAUCUCGGACAUCAAUGAGAUUGCCUACCUGCAGAAUUUGCCAGCUCUGCGCUACCUCUGGCUGGAGGAGAAUCCCUGCUGCGAGCGAACCGCCAACUAUCGCGCGGUUGUCUUACGCGCCCUGCCCAACCUCAAGAAGCUGGACAAUGUGGAGGUCACCCAAGAGGAGGUGGACGAAGCCUUGCGUGGCAGCGGUGGCCCCGUGGUCGAUGAUGAGGUUUACGAGGACGCCUACCAACAACAGCAGCAACAGCAGCAGCAGCACCAGCAGUCGCAGCCGCAACAGAUGCCGCAACAUCAGCAGCAGCACAGCUACCCGCAACACUCUCCGCCAACGCAGCAGCAACAGUAUCAGCAGCAGCAUCAACCGCAGCAGCAGCCACAGCAAUCGCAGCAGCAGCGUCGCAGCUCCAGUCCCAUGAAAGAGCCGCCACCGCAGUUAGCCAGUCCGCUGGCCAACAACAGCAGCGAAGGGACCAUCACCCAUAGUGCCAGCGAUCUCUACGGCAGCCAGAUGCAGCAGGCACAGCCGCUGCAUGGCUCCAAGCCCCCCACACCCACCAAGGAACCCGCGCAUCCGCCAUCGCCCAUGUAUAACAAUAUAACCAAAGAGCAGCGCACCCACCACCAGUACGACCGCUCGCCGGGUUCCGACCAGGAGAGUAGCCCGCAAACGGGUUACAGGGAGGUGCGGCCCACGCCGCUCCCUCCCAGCAUCUCCACGCACUCGAUGAAGGAAUACUAUCAGUCGGAUCGUCCGGCUGGCUAUCCAGCACACUAUCGCCACAGCCAGACAGACCUCACCGAAUGGGAGGAGCACCAGCAGGCGCCACAGGUGCAUCACAAUCCCUACGGCAGCCAAAUGCAGUUACACCACCAGCGGCGCAGCGAUCCCAACUUCCGUAAUGGCAGCGCUCGGGAAAAUGGCGGCGAGUGGGAGCAGGAGGAGAGACCCAGGUCGAGGCGCCCCGAGGGUCGUUUCAGUGACUCGACGACAACUCUUUCGGCCUCCGUGAUGAAUCACUACGCGGGCUACCAUCGCAGGCCAGUCAAUAGGACAUCGAAUCUGCUGUCUGCUGCGCUGUGUUUGGUUAAGGAGCUGGACUACGCCAGCCUGGAGGUGCUGGAGCACGCCGUGCGGUGUCGCAUCGAUGAGAUGGCGGGCGAAUGAUGAAGACGACUCUCUAAUCGCAUGUCGAUUAGCUAAUAUCCACACUAAACAAAAACAAAAAAAGACCAGGAGAAAGACAGAGGCGAGGAGUGAGGAGUGAAGCGAAAACUGCAGCUGAUAUUAUUAUACUAACGUCUUAAGCAACAAAUGGAAAAUCAGAUACUUAACGGAUAACGAAAACGAUUCAUACUUGCCAAUUUGUAAACUGUCAUAGUGUAACUAGCGUCUUUUUGUAAGCAUUUUGUCACGUAACUAAAUAUGCUGACGGAAUCGAAA